AUGUGUCCUUUAAGUCGCAUUGCUGGAAUAGAUAGAUAUAGAUGGAUGCCAGAAAAAAAUGGCAAAUACACGGUGAAAUCGGCAUACUGGAUUGCAAGAGAGAAAGUCAUGGGCAAUCUUUUGGUAUCUUCGUCCUCUGGUUACCCUUAUCGAAGUCUCUGGCAGAAAGUCUGGAACACCAUGGUUCCGGGCAAGGUUAAGAUAUGUAUAUGGCGGGCUGUCAAUAAUAUUCUGCCUACUCUUGAAAGCCUCAUUCACAAGGGAUAUUCAGGUUCUUUGCAUUGCUUGCUAUGCAAUGAGACCUGGGAGGCGAUCAGCCAUGUUCUUUGUCAUUGUCCUGUUGCACAAGAAACCAUGGCAAUUGCAAAUAUACCAAUCAAGAAUUGCAUACCUUGUAGCUUCAAGGAGUGGUUGAUACUUCAGAGUCAGCAUCUUACUCGAGAUAACUGGGAAUGCCUUCUUAUGCUUCUGUGGGCCUUGUGGAAAAAUCGAAAUGGUAAUCUUUGGAAUGAUAUAAGCAAGACUGCACAUGAGAUCGUUGUUGCUACUAUUACUUGGUAUCAGCAGUUCUUGCAAACACAACAAAGGCCAAAACAAGACAAACCAACUUAUCCAGGUAAAUAUUUGACUUCACCUGUACAACAACAACUCAAAAUCAAUGUUGAUGGAGCUUUCUUGCCUCCUCAAACUACUGGAGGCAUUGGUGGAGUAAUAAGAAGGAAGGAUGGAUCCUUUGUGGCUUGUUUCUCUAAAGUGGUUCAACAUGUCUCUUCUCCCAAGCAUGUAGAACUGCUUGCAAUCAGAGAAGGCAUUGACUUUCUCCGGCAAAUUGGUGCCCAAGAUGCUUGCCUUGAAAGUGACUGUAAAGUUGCCAUACAAGAGAUUGGAGAUGAUGACUUUGAGCUUCAUGAACAUGCAAAUCUACUGCUAGAUAUCCACCACAAUCGACACUUUGUCAGGGGCCUGGAUUUCCUUUUUGCACCUAGAACUGCAAAUGCAGUGUCCCAUAGGUUAGCUGCUAUGGCGUAUGAAUCCAAUACCGAUUAG